AUGGGUGACAGCCUGAGCUUCACUCUAAACGCACGGGAUGAAGAAGUGAAAGUGCGGCUGGGUGUGGGAGAUUCUGAAUCCCUGUCCACGGGGCACUGGAACCCCUGGUGCGGCAAGGGCUUUGCCUGCCCCUCGCACCUCCAGAGGCACCUGCGCACCCACACGGGCGAGCGGCCCUUCGAGUGCUUCGCCUGCGGCAAGACCUUCGCCACCCUCAGUCACCUAGCAUUGCACCGGCCACGGCACGCCACCCACCGGCCCUUCGAGUGCGCCGUCUGCGGCCGGUGCUACCCCAGCUACCCAGAGCUGAGCGCCCACCAGCGCUUCCACACCGGACGGAGGCCCUUCCCCUGCCAGCUGUGCGCCAAACGCUUCUACACCUCCAGCGAGCUGCGGGUGCACCAACAAUGGCACACGGGCGAGAGGCCCCACGCCUGCUCCAGCUGCGGCAAGCGUUUCGGGCGGCUAGGGCAUCUGCUGGAGCACCAGCGCAUCCAUACCGGGGAGAAACCCUUCCAGUGCCCGCUGUGCGCCAACGGGGUGCGGCCCUUCUGCUGCUCUACCUGCGGCCGUGCCUUCUACCGCUCGGGGGACCUGGUGAAGCACCAGCGCACGCACACCGGGGAAAAGCCGCACGGCUGCCCGGUAUGCGAGAAGCGCUUCUACACGGGCAGCGAGCUGAAGAUCCACGGGCGCUUCCACACCGGGGAGAGGCCGCACGGCUGCCCGGUAUGCGAGAAGCGCUUCUACACAUCCAGCGAGCUGCGCAUACACAGCCGCACCCACACCGGCGAGCGCCCCUUCCGCUGCGCCAGCUGCCCCAAGGCCUUCUACCGCUCCAGCGACCUGGCCAAGCACCAGCGAACCCACACUGGCAUCAAGCCAUACGCCUGCCAGCUGUGCCCCAAGAGGUACUACACCUCCAGCGAGCUCUGCGUCCACGGCCGCACCCACUCGGGUGAGAAGCCCUUCCGCUGCCAGCUGUGCCCCAAGGGUUUCUACACGGCCAGCGUCCUGGCCAAGCACCGGCUCACCCACCUGCCCCGCGACCCCACCACCACCUUCCAGUGCCGCCUGUGCCCUCAGCGCUGCCCCAGCGCCUCCCGGCUGAGGGCCCACGAGCGGCAGCACGCCGGGGAGCCCUCCUUCGAGUGCCAUGUCUGCCUGCGUCGCUUCCACACCUCCGGGGGGCUCAGCAAGCACCGUAAUGUCCACGGGCGCGUCCCCCCCUCCGCUGCCGCCGCCGCCGCCCCUCCUCUGGCGCCCGCAGACGAGCCGGCGCCCACAGCUCCCCAGGCCGGUCAGCCGGGCAUCGCCGCUCCCUCGGAGGAGGGCGCUCUCCCCCUCCCUGCUCCUCCUCCCUCCUCCUCCCCGCGCCCCCUCUUCGAGUGCGGCAUGUGCAAGAGAGGCUUUGGGUCCUGGGCGCAGCUGCUGGCCCACCAGCCCAUGCAUGAGGGCGAGCGGGCGCUGGAGUGUGCCCUCUGCAAGCAGCUGUUCGUGGCACCCCCCGGGGACGGGCAGGGG